AGCAAGAUGACCUCCUUUCAUCAAAACGCUGACCACCGUUGCAUCUCAGCGAGCUCAUAGAUCAUAGUAUCUCGGAAACGGUCAACUGAACAUGAACGCACUAAUCCAGUGAGGGGUUCGCAAGAAGUCCCCAAUGGGGUAUCGCGGCCGCCCUCCUCCACUGAUCUCCGCGCAUGUGCAAAUGGAAUAAUGGAUCAUGUUGAAUUCCUUCGAUUCUGAAUGGCGGGUGGCCCUCGUCGUUAUUUCUCUCCCCGCUGUGGGCUCGGCUCUCGGUUCUCAUGAGUCAGUGGGAAGCGAUGGAGGGUUCAAUAUCUACAAAUUUCGUCUCGUCCCCGCGCGACUCUGCACCCUGAAAUAGGGGACGACUCCGCGCCCACUUUUCUCAACACCAGAACGCUGCCGCACUCUGCUUUAGUGCGAUUCUUUGCCUCUUGGGGUCGUUCUGGCUUGCUUGUUUGGUGCGCAAGCUGCACGUGCGUUGGCAGAUCUCAAGGCUUGGGGCGAGAGCUCCGCAGGUUCAGUUUCGCCUUCCUUAUGCUAUGGACUUCAUCUACCGAUCCAUGCAAGCGAACCAGACUGACCGCGACCUCGAGUUCUGGGGGAACGAGAUGAAAAAUGCCAAGGGAGCACCGCUGGCCACCGAGAAGAAGACGGCAGAGCUAGACGCAGGUGUCCAAACCCGAAUUAUUCUCACUCGGGAUCCAGAGAAUAUCAAGGCCAUUCUCACUGGGCAGUUUUCCGACUAUGGCAAGGGUGAAGAUUUCCAUCGCGACUGGCGUGAAUUCCUGGGGGAUUCUAUUUUCGUGACGGACGGUGGCCAGUGGGCAUCAUCAAGGCACCUCAUCAGGCCCAUGUUUGCGCGUGAUCGUCUUGUGGAUACGGAGAUCUUCGAGAAGCAUGUUCAGCAUCUUAUUCCUCUCCUGGACGGGGAGAAGGGAAGCAAGAACCCGGAGACACAGUUCGCAGAGGCAUUCCGCUAUGUGCAGCGUCGUCAAGCACAGUACUUCCGAUUAGGCGUUUUUAAAUUCAUCCUCUCCCGCAAAGAAUUUCGCAAGCAACUCAGAGUCAUGGACGACUUUAUCAAACCCUACAUCGACCGGGUCCUCGCCAUGUCCCCCGCCGAACUCGACCAAAAGCUCUCGAAGAGCGAAACCUUCCUACAUGCUCUUGCCCGCUUCACGCGUGACCGCCGCACCCUCCGCGACCAGCUCGUUGCCGUCCUCCUAGCAGGCCGCGACACAACCGCCGCAACACUCUCCUUCUGCCUCUUCGAACUCGCCCGCAACCCCGCCGUCGUCACCAAACUCCGCCAGGAAAUCGACGCACGCCUCGGUCUAGGGCCCGACGCCCGAAAACCCACCUACACAGACCUCAAGGAAAUGAAGUACCUCAACGCCGUCCUUAACGAAUCAAUGAGACUUUACCCCGUCGUCCCAUUCAACGUCCGCUUCUCCCUAAAAGAUACCACACUGCCCCGCGGCGGCGGUCCUGACGGAACAGCGCCCGUGGGCGUCAAGGCCGGAACCCGGGUCAUCUACUCCACAAUGAUCAUGCAACGCAGUCCCGAUAACUACGACGCCCCCUUGUCCGAGAACUACAUCGACCCCGCAAAAUGGAUCCCCGAGCGCUGGACGUCUGGGUGGCAGCCGAAGCCGUGGCACUUUAUCCCGUUUAAUGGCGGGCCGCGUAUCUGUAUCGGGCAGCAGUUUGCGAUGAUCGAGAUGGGGUAUACGGUUGUGAGGAUCUUGCAGGCGUUUGAGUCGAUUCAGGCGCUGCCGCCGACUGGGAAAGGGGUUGUUGAGGAUCCGAAGUUGAGGUUUGAGGUUACGCUUACGCCGGCGACAGAGUUGAAUUGUGUUUUUACAAGGGAUGGGCAGGGGAAGGAGGGUGUUCCUGCUGCUUGAUGGGACGCGUGAUGAUGGCUUUGCAAACGAAAUCAGUGUAAAUAGUCGCCGAAAUUCCUCAUCCCAUAUUCUAAACUGGGCGGCCGUAUUAACAUGCACAUACAUAUGCACAUAAGAUCGAUAUCAAAUUUUGCCUCCAACCGAUACCCGAAAGACAUCUAUUGAGUAGAAGAGAAAUGCGGGGAUCAGAUGAACAGAUCUUGGUCAUCCGCCUCAUCCAAGUCCCCAGAGAUAUUAAUCCACGGCGCCGGCUUAGAUAGAACCAUCUCUCCGUGGCCGUGGCCAUGGCCGUGACCGUUCACCAUCUUCGCAGGCGGCACGGCCUUCAUAGCCGUAGUUGUAGUGACAUUAGCGACAACGUCGCUACUUCCCUUGCUCAGACCUACAGUUUGAGACCGAUUUUGGACCUUCUCCUCGACUGCCUCAGCCUCCGAAUGCGACUUGUUAUCCCCGAUCCAGCCCUUGCACAUCCUGACAGCCUUCUCCCAGAGGCUAAAGAGUCCUCGGCUUUUUUCAAGGGGCAUUUGUGGUCUGAAAACGGUACCACCGGCGCGGUUUAUGUCACGGAGCUCAGCGAAAUUGCGCCAGAGACCGACGGCGAGACCAGCGGCGAUUGCAGCACCGAGAGCGGUUGUUUCGCGCAUUUUGGGGCGGUAGACGGGGAUGGAGAUCAG